AUGUUUUAUUACGUUUCUCACAGGUGUGGUGGCAGGGUCACAUUUUACACAUUCUGGACCUCAGAUGGUGGUUCAAACUAUCUCUGCCUGCCUUUAAAACCGAUUUUUGAGAAAGUUGGGUCAGGUAAUCAAGGAAGCAAUUACAUCUAUGGCACUGAAUACGAAAUAGGUCAUGCUCAAAAGCAUUUGUUUGAAAACUCAAAGCUUCACGACCAUGAUGCACCGUGCGCUGUGUGCCACACUGAGUCACGUGGGAGUCACAUGAUGAUCCCAGCCCGCAACACCUGCCCCUCAGGUUGGACCUUGGAGUACAAAGGAUAUAUCAUGUCCGAACAUCAUGGUCACAAAGGACGAACCCAGUACAUAUGCGUAGAUGGAAAAGCCGAAGCAACUUUUGGAUCACACGUCAACAAGAAUGGAGCUUUGCUGUACUUUGUGGAAGGUGCUUGUGGCUCUUUGCCUUGCCCGCCAUAUGUGCAAGGUUAG